CAGCGUGGGUUUUUACGAGGUGCUCCUGAACGCCUCACUGAUUUAGCACCUGAUGCAAUCAAACCUGCAACCAGAUGCGUGGUGUGUUUGUCCUGCAUGCGAGACGGACGCCCGCAAAGCGGCGUGAUGCGCUCCUCCACCACUGUAAGGUAAUCCUAAUCUGCAGCUGAUCUGACAUUUCCUCCAUGAGCAGAAACUGAAACUAACGGAGACGCAUGAACGCUCCUUUAAAAGGAGAACCUGCUGAUGGUGCUGCGUUCAGCGUCUUGGUUCUGCUGGGCUGAGCCUCGGUGUGUCGUCUCCGUCAUGGCUGAGGGACACGAUGAGGACUCCCUGCUCCUCCCUCCCUGCUCCUCCCCUCCCCAGCCUCCAUGGAGUCUCUCGGAGCCGGAUAAAGCCGUUCCGGUCCGGCAGCCCUCCACUGGUUUCUACGAGGAGCUCUUCUGGAGCCUGCGGGCCCCCGUCCCUCUGGCCGGGGCGUUCAUGUCCUCUGGACCCCAGAGCGACGUGGUGAAGCAGGGCUACCUGGGGAAGCUGGACAGGAACCGCAGGAGGUACUUUGUGCUGAGAGCGGGGAGCCACACCGGGCCGAGCCGGCUGGAGUGGUACAAGAGCCGAGAAAGGUUCACGGCCGUGGAGAAGUCCGCUGGGAGGUCGGUGCUGUUCGGAUCCAACAAGCAAGGGGUCGUCUACCUGCGCUGCUGCCUGGGCGUCAGCCGGAUCGGUAACUCCCGCAAAGGCCACGUGGUGGAGCUGUACGCCAAAGACCACACCGUGGUGCUGCUGGCGGAGGACCAGCAGCAGAACCAGGACUGGUAUGCAGCCAUCAAGACCCUGAUGGAGGAGGAGCAGAGAGAUGAAGAGCACGGCGCCGAGGAAGACGACGAUGGGUACUGCACCCUCCCCCCUGGAUCUUUCUUUAAGGAGGUUUGGCCCGUCUCAGUGAAACCUCGCGGUCUGGGCAGCUCCAAGCCCCUCAGCGGGGAGAACCGGCUCUGCCUCACCGCCACCUCCCUGGUGUUGGUCCGGCUGGGAGCCGGUUCGGAGCUGCCGUCCGUCACCAUCCCUCUGCUGAGCGUCCGCAGGUUCGGACACCUGGACGGCCUGUUCUACCUGGAGCUGGGCCGGUCGGCGCCCAACGGUCCCGGGGAAAUCUGGAUGGAGGCGAAGCAGCAAGCCCUGGCCCAGCAGAUCCACGAGUCCAUACGGGAGACGGUUCGAGCCCUGCGAGCCCUUCCGGGCCUCAGCGGGUCACCGGCCUCCAGCCACAGCCAGCAUCCGGGCCUUUGGGCCUCAAAGCGCUGCCGGCCCAAAAACAGAGACAGGCCGGGGAACGUGAGGCCGGCACAGUCCAGAACCUCAGACCCGCAAAAGAGUCCCGCCCCGAGUCCCCUGAGGUCCAACAUGAGCGAUGACGGCAAGCCGGACACCACCAGCUCUCCCCUCAGUCCCUCCAGAACCCAGCAGGGCCCGGCGUCGGGGGCCGCAGCGGCAGCCUGUAAGCUGCAGAGCUGGAGCUCCUCAGAGGGGGAGGAGCUGCUGGGGUACAUGGUCAUGACCCCCCAGGCCGGAAUCAAACCCUCUGCUCCGCCUCAGGAUGACUAUGUGACCAUGGAGAGCCCGCAGAGGCUGGACCGGACGGCGUGCUCCUCCUCCUCCUCCCUUCACACCUUAUUCAGCAGCCUCACCUGCGACAGCCCGUCAUCUCUGCACGCUGUCGACCUUCGCUGUCCGCUUGCUCUGCUUCCUGGCGCGGCUCCUCCAGCUGUCGCCCGGCGGGACCCGGCUCCGCCCACGGCCUGUACUCCACGCGUGUGGAGGGCCUCCAGCGGCUCGGCCGUCCCGGACCCCGACCUCCUGCGGUCUGCGGUCAGAAGGUCCUGGCUCCCCGCGUGUCUCCUGUCCUGUCUCAGAGGUGGAGACAGAGGCUGACGGGUGGAGACGACUCCGGACCCUCCAGACCUGCAGCUCCUCUGGGGUCUUCACCUGGAGCCUCAGGUGUUCCUCUCCUGUGCAUUCUGGGGUCGAAAGACUCAAAGAUCAGAAGUUCUACAGGUUUCAGAAAUGUGAAGGAAAAUAAAGUUCAUCUUCUUGAAGUUC